AUGUCAUUGCACUUUUUGCAUAUUGUCUGAAUGAAAAGUCAUUUUAGUAAUCACUAAUAAAUUAUUAGUUUUAUUUCACCAAUUUUUUAAUAAAUUUUUACUGUAUAAUUAAUAAUUGAGUUAUUAUUUGAAGAAAAAGUAUAAAAUGGAUGGAAUUCUGUUCUCACAUGCAUGUGAAGUAAUUUUUGAAAAUACGAUUGAUCCGAUAAUAUUAGAAAAACUAAAAAGAGUUCAUAUUCUUUGGAAAAUCAGUAUCGAUAAAAUUCUUGAAACAACGGAUAUAUGGAAGAGAGCAUGUUUGAACGAAAUCGCGUCGGAACCGAUCUCCGGUAUGAUUACAAGAUUAUGUCCAACGCUUUCUUUCAAAAAUUAUCAUGAACUUGAUGACCCAAAAGUUUGGCGUACUGUUUACAUUUCGUACCGAAAGUGGAUGAUACUCUCGAAACUUCGAGAUUUUUAUAUCACUGCUACUAGGCCAAUUUCUACUGAAAUCGAGAAAUUUGCAAGUUGCGAAAAAUAUUUCGCUAUUGAAACUAAACGAGGAACGAUUGAUGUUUUUGAUAUAAAUCAUUUGGAUGAACCCGUGGAUACGAUAAGAUUAAAAAUUUCUAUGAAUGAUAUUAGAUUUUGGUAUCCUGGUACAGGUGACGUAUUUUUGGUUGCAAUUUCUAAGUAUGAUGUCAUUAGAUUUUUUAAUGUUUCUACUAAUGUGAAUCAAGUUCCGUGUAUCAACGAUAAAAAACCAAGGGCGUCCAUUCUAUGCACCAGUACAGUAAACACGUUGUUUACUAUGAUCGGCGAGAAUCUUAUUCAAUACAAAUAUAAUACUGAAGAUGGUCUGAUACAAUAUAAAACUGGUAGAAUAUCAGGUUAUUGCAGAAAAUUAUUCUCGGAAAAGAACGAAUUAAUCUGUCUAACAUUAGAAGGAAAGUCUCUAACUUUGAAACAUUAUCAAAUUCCGACGUCCGACGAAUAUAAUGAUAUGCUUCCAGAGAAAUCUAUACCAGUAUAUCCUCCUAAUAGGAAUACAUUGAAAUUUAGUUGGUCCAUGGAAAGUAUAUUCGACUUUCUCACUUCCAAUGUUAUCUUGCACAAAUCAACUGACGGAUACUGUUAUCUCAUAAUUGAUGAUCACCAAACCAACUGGAAUAUACAUUAUCCAUUUCAAAAAUUCGGCAGUGAAAAUUUGGUAACUUCCGGCAUAUUACACGGGAAAAUUUUGAUUUUGGGAUUUGAAACGGGUCAUGUGCGGAUCUUUACUGUAGAAAAUAUCGAGCAGCUUAAAAAUUCUGAGUUAGAUCUUAAUUCAGGAAUUGAACAUCGCGUAUGUAAUAGACGGAUACAAUGGUUGCAAAUUGCUGAAGCUCAAGAAAAAUUAAUUAUCAUUGCAACUACGGACGUCAAAAUCUAUUUUAUUAAUUUUAUUCUAGAAAACAGGGACACUAAAUAAUCAUUAAAGUACUGUAUCAUUGUAACAUCGGCGCUUAUAAAGUGUCUAUUUAAUAAAACAAAUAUAAUAGUAAAUAAACACAAAAUUUUAUAAAAAUGCAUAAAAAAAGUUUUAAUAACCUCCCCCUGAUAGCCACUUUCUGAUCAGGAAGUAAACGAAGGCAGUAUAUUGUCGCCAAUAACUUUCUGGGAAAGUUGGUGACAACUUGACGACAAGCUCGUCAGAACUAAUAAACACCAACUCUCUGAUCAGAAAGUCUGGCUAUCAGGGAAUUUCCAUCAUUCUUUACAUGUUCUUGCCAGCAGAUAGCAUGUAAAUA